UACACUCUCUGACAUUUGGUUUGGAAAAUAAACAAAAUACAAAAUUAGUUUUAUUAUUUAACUAUUAUUUUAAUUUCUUAAUAUGAUAUGUUUUAGUGGGUUGUCUUGUCAUGUUGUACAUAUUAUAGCAUUAUUUUUCAACGUUAUACACGGUAAAUAUCACUUAAUAAUAUAAGAUACUCCGUGAAAUGAGUUAUGAAUCAAAACCCUGAUGGCACAUCACAUUAAUAAGGUCCAUGGCUUGAUUCUUCAUAAAAUGGAUAAAGGAGAUCUAAAUUUUGAAUCUAAGGAGGCGUUGAAAAGAGUUCUUGAUGAGUAUGAAAUUCACAUAAAGACAAUAGAACAGCAGUUGGAUUUGUGUAAGAAGGAUCAUGAAGAACUAAGAAUUGAAAUCAGCCAUUUAGUUGAAGAGAAUAGAGACUUGUACGAAAAGCUGAUGACUUGCCAUAGACAGCAACAAAGUCCAACAAAUAAAUCAGAUAAAAAUAUCCUAUUCCAUCACUCGGAAAUGGUUGAUAACCUUCAACAGCAGUUGGCUUUGGCAAUGGAAGUAAGUAAUUUUUUAUUUCCAUGUAAUUAAGGAAUAAAAUGCAGU